AUGAAGUGCGACGCGACCCUUUCGCCCGCCUCUAUCACCUCCCGAUAUGCUCCCUAUAAUACAUCUUUAGCUUCUUCCGCCUCAUCCUCUCUUACCUCUGUUUGGUCCGAUACCACCUCACAGGCUUCCGACGACACCUCUAUUUCCACCAUCUCUUCCGACUCAGAUUCUUGCGACUCUUACUUUUCAAGAAAGGCGGCUGUUGCUGACAGCGCUCUUAACUUUCGACGUCGCGUUCAAAGGUCUCAGACAGAGGCACAGGCAGUUCCUGCUGAGUUGCGCCAGAACCCCCGAAGAACUUCGGCCGCUCGCCCAGUAUGCCCUCCCACCUUGGUCCGACAGUCCGACCGAAAAGUCAACUUUGUCGAUAGUCUUGUUGAUUCGUCGGCACAGAUCGUUGAAGCCAUUUGGCCUCUUUCUUCUGUCGUCUGUCGAAAUGAGCCUCGAAGCAAAGAAGUCCUGCCCCUGCGCACUUUCAUUCAAGAAACUCUGCGUCGCUCACGGACUAGCUACUCGACUCUCCAAGUUGCACUCUACUACUUGAUCUUAAUUAAGCCCCAUGUGCCAAAGCACAACUUCACUAUGGAGCAGCCCGAGGAUCGACACGCCGAUCGUGCGCUCCAGUGCGGUCGUCGCAUGUUCCUCGCGGCUUUGAUUCUUGCUUCGAAAUAUCUCCAGGACCGUAACUAUUCUGCUCGAGCCUGGAGUAAGAUUUCGGGACUCAACACUCAGGAGAUCAACCAGAACGAGAUUGCCUUUCUGCUCGCUGUCAACUGGAAGAUGCACAUCGCCGAUGAGGUCUUCCAGCGAUGGACUGACAUUGUCCUUAAGUAUACGCCUCCUCCAUCUGGUCCUUCAUCUCCUGGAGGUGCUUCACAGACUAUUUGCCAGCAGGUUGCAGACUGGAAGCGAAUCAUCCUAGGCCUCAACCCCGAGCUGACCAACCUCGCGGUGUUGAUUCCUGCUGCAACCCAUUUCGUCCCUAAAUCAAGCGAUCUUUGCGCGCUGUCCCCACGCAGCAUCCUCAACCUUCCUCAGGAAGCUCAGCCAUCAAGACGCCAUGAAUCCGCCGAGGCCACUCCCACUCCUAGAAUGUACAACACUCCUGGAGCCAUGGAGUCUUCGGCCGUAGGACACUCUUCAGGCCGCAUGGCUCACUCCCUGGGUAUGCUGCCAACUCCUCGCCUUACUCCUCAGAGCAGUGGACUCUGCACUCCUGCCGCGAGUGCCGCUUCUCACAUGCUCAGCAAGAGUUCUGCUAUGGGAAUGGCUUUGGCCCAGGCCAGCAGCAUCAACACUGUCCAGUAUCUUGACCGUCUCCCUGCUUGCGUGACCUCAUCACCGCAAGUCUACGGCCCCGUUCGUCGAUCUUCACUCGCCAAUUCAGUAUCAACAGCAUCCUCACCCGAAUCGAUGAUUUCGGACACGUCGCGCUCCUCGCGCUCUUCUUCCAUUUCAUCAGCUUCUUCGCUCGCUAGCGCGACCCUCAGCUCCUCCAAGCUGGGUAUGGCAUCGCGAUUCCGAGCCCCGAAGUUGUGCAAUGAGAGAUUGAGCCAGAAGCCGACGAUCCCUUCGGUUCCCGAGUACUGCUACACAUCAUCUCCUGAGUCUUACACCGGCCCGGUUAACAGACUCGGAGAUUUGUCUCUGGAUACUCCAUUAGCAAGACGACAACAGGAGCUUGAAGACAUGGCUCGCGAUUCUGAUGCUGCCCGCGCCCUGCAGGAACUGCAUUAUCGCUCAGCCGAGGUUAUGCACGCUGCUGCUGCGGCCCCUAGAAGUGGCACAAAGCGAAGUAGAACCGCUUCCAUGGAUAACGGCCUUCAGGAGAACGUUCGUGAGAUCCUUGGCGGCCCUUACUCUACUCAGCGUCCUGCCUGGCCUGAUACGUUGGUUCGCACUCGAGGCAUCACCUCUGAGUCGAACCUUCAGAUCCCUGUCCGUCCCAAUCUUCCCGGUACUGGCAAGCGGGUUUGCUGUGCUGCUGAAGCAGCUCAGGGCUACGAAGUUUCGUCUGUCCACCCCGCCAUCGGUAUCCGCGGACCUGGUAUGUGGGAGGGUAUCCUGAACUAA